CACCGCCGCGGCUUCCGAGUCGGACGAGCCCAAGCACUGCUGUGGUGUGAUGGUGACGCAGACCGUCAGCAUUCGCUGGUUCAUUGUUAUGAUUGCCUUCGUCGGACUGUGUUGUGCCAUAGUUGGAACAGUACUGGGAGCUCUCAAAGCCACGGGAAGGGAGCACCUGACAGUGUCCUUACUCAUGAUCGGUGUGGGCAUCGUGUUGAUCACGGUGAGUGGAAUAGCGUGGAGGCUGACAUCCCACGACGCCCCCUCGUGUCGCGCCAUGUUGGGCCUUCAGAACUCAGAACAGGAGCCUAACAGGAGGUUCGUGCCUAGGGUCCCGCCUUACGGUAGGCCCCAUCAUCCGUACGCUGCGAUGAUGUAUCCGGAGUUCCAGUACAGGCCUCCGCCCCCUUCCUAUCAGGCGUCCAUGCAAGAGUACAGACUCCGGCUUCUGCUUCUGGACAGGCAGCAGGGCUCGUCCGGAAACUCAGCCCCCAGUUCCGCCCUAUCGCCUGUAUCCCCGCCUCCUACUUACAGGUCGCAUAAUGCCAUUGGAACGCUUCAGCACUCCAGGCCUCCUCUGACAUUAACAGAAAGAGAGUACAGCCGCCCUCCAAGUUACAGGUCCAGAGCGAGUUCCGCAGGUGUGCUGAGGCCGAGCACUGAGACUCUUUGUUCCCUAUCUACGCCAGCUGCCCCUGCGGCCCCUACUAGUCACAGCCGCAACCCUUCCCUCAGUCUCAGCUUUCUCUCUCACGAAUCGCUUUUCCUGGACUCCGGACAUUCGCGACCUCAGGACCCCGCGGUUCACUUCACGAGCCCCAGCGGAGAGUCUCAAAAUUCCGUGGUGGGAGGACUCAGCGACGAAAGCCCGCCCUCUCGCGACGGAGGCUCCUCCCCCUGGGGCGGGGCCUGGAAGCCGCGCCCCCAUGACGUGAACGCCGUCACCAUCGUCCAGACGACGGACUCGUCCGAAGUGCUCAACAGGGACACCGUGAUACUUUCGGUCCCGGGAAGAGAGAUCAGUCCAGACGUCGGAGGGUGCUCCACGUCCGCUGGAGAAGUGCGCAUCUUAGCUCAUGUUUGAACUCAUUCACAUAAUUUCAUUUAGUCAAAGAGUGCUAAAAUCAAAGAAAGAA